CCUUUCCGCAUGGUCUGCUGGUGUAACGCGAACUUCCUCAUUGGAGUUAAAACUUUACAGCCAGCGACUGCUCUUUUAUAGAAAAACUCCAGGAUCCUUGUUGUUUUUUCUUUGCUGAUCUUACAAAUGUCGAAGCCCCCUCCCAAACCGGCCAAACCAGGCCAAGUGAAAGCGUACAGAGCCUUAUACACCUUUGACCCCAGAUCGUCAGCUGAACUGUACUUUGAAGAGGGAGACAUCCUUUACAUCUCUGACACAAGUGACAGUAACUGGUGGAAAGGAACAUGCAGAGGGAGGACGGGGUUCAUACCGAGCAACUAUGUGGCUGAGAAUGCAGAAUCCAUUGACAACCCAAUGCACGAGGCAGCCAAGAGAGGAAAUCUGAGCUGGCUACGGGAAUGCGUAGAGAACAAAGUGGGAAUCAAUGGUCUGGACAAGGCUGGGAACACCGCCCUCUACUGGGGAUGCCAUGGGGGACACAAAGAUGUGGUGGAGGUGUUGCUAAGCCAGCCCAAUGUGGAACUAAACCAACAGAAUAAAUUAGGAGACACUGCUCUGCAUGCGGCUGCGUGGAAGGGCUACGCUGACCUGGUGGAGAUGUUGUUGAACAAGAAUGCGCGGACAGACAUCAGGAAUAAUGAGAACAAGCUCGCUCUGGAGAUGGCCACCAAUGCCCAGUGUGCAUCACUUUUGAAGAGGAAGCAGGGAGGCAAUAUCACUCGGACACAUAGCAACGCUGAGGAGUAUUUGGACGAUGAGGACUCAGACUGAGGGUUUGAGCUGGUGCAACAUCCUGGUCUUCCAUCGUGGUUUGGGGGGAGGGAGCGGGGAGGAAAGAGGAGAAGGAAUAAGAGUUAUAUUAUUAAACAACAACAUGAACUGGCCGCUGUCUCCAUCUGUAACGCCAUAGCA